AUGUCUUGAGCACUUAUAAAACCAACGUGUCUCACCAGACAUCUGCUGCCUUUGCAUAAUGGGUAGGCCACCGUGUUGUUGUGAUGAGAGUGGUGUGAAGAGAGGACCAUGGACGCCUGAAGAAGAUGAGAAACUUUUUGAUUAUAUCAGUAAACAUGGCAGUGGAAAUUGGAGAACGGUCCCAAAGCAUGCGGGACUCAACAGAUGCGGCAAAAGCUGCAGGCUACGGUGGACCAAUUAUCUUAGGCCUGAUAUCAAGAGAGGCAAAUUUACUGAAGAAGAGAAGCAAUUGAUCAUCAAACUUCAUUCUGUUCUUGGAAACAAGUGGUCGAAGAUUGCAACGCAUCUUCCAGGGAGGACUGACAACGAGAUUAAGAACUUCUGGAACACCAAUCUGAGGAAGAAGCUUCUCCAGAUGGGUAUUGAUCCAGAAACUCACAAGCCAAGAACUGACUUGAAGCAUCUCUUGAACCUCUCGCAGUUGUUAGGAACGGCUAAUAUUAACUUGAUGAGCCCUUGGAGCCAUGGGGGUCUAGGUUUCCAGCAACCAGACGUGACUCAUCAGUUAGCCCAAAUCCAACUUCUGCAGAAUCUGUUGCAGCUUAUGAACGGCAAUUCCUUCAGUAACAUGCAGAGCAUUCUCCCGAUCUUACUGAGUAAGCAAAGUUUGAUCAAUAACCCAGUGGAAGAAGAUAUAAAUGGUCCAAACAGCACUCUCCCGAACAACAAAGAGUCUUUUUUGAGAGAACAAGAAUUACGUGCAAUCCCUGAUCUAUUUCCUCCAGCACUAAGCGACGCAAACAAGGAUAUUUCAGAAUCAUGGACGUACCUGGAAGGAGCAUCACAUCAACAAGCUUUUGAUAUCAACAGUAGAGUUAGAAGAACUUCUUCGUCACAUGAAUUGAAUCAAGAUGAAAAUCCAUUUCUUGCCACUGAUUCAGCCAACCAAAUGGAGAGAUCCAAUACUGAUGAAAUGGCCGACCUGCAGCCAGCUCCAUCCACUGUCUUUGAUGCUUGGGAAAAUCUACUCCUGGAAGAUGAUACAAGCGAUUCCUACUGGAAAGAACUUCUAGAUUUGACAGCCACCACUUCCUCAUCGCUGGUUUCAUGGUAGAGGAUUUUAAGGCCCAGAUGCUCAAGGAAUAUUCCCACAAAGGAUACAAUAAAACAUUCAUUAUUCAUUCAUUCAUUACUAAGUGUUCGUGUAGUACUAUAACAAUUGAAUGUAAAUGAGUAAAAGUGGAGAAACAAAUACAAUCGA